AUGCAGGCGCCGGCCACCGCCCGACGGGAUGCAGCCACAUGGGCGGGCAGCAGCGCGCGCUCCCGCGUCUGGCCACUCCCGGCUGCAGCGGCAGGCGGUGCAGGCACAACGUGGGGCAGCGCCAGCGCCACCAGGGCCGCAGACGAGUGGCUGCCGCCGCUCGUCCACCCUGGCCGCCACGGCGCCGCUCCCAGCGACCCCUACACUUUCAACUCCUCUACCGGCAAAGGCAGCGACGCCCAAGCCGCCAGCUGUGGCAGCAGCGGCGUGUUACAGCAACGAAUCAUGGAGGCGCCGAACGUCGAGCAGCUUCAGGGCCUGCUGCCAGCGCUGGCGGCUGCCCCGCGGCCCCACCUCAUCUCAAUAGCGUGGGUGGCCUUGGCCCAACUGGCAUCCAAGGAGCUCGCCGCCGCCGCCGCCACGCCCGCGGCGCCCUUGGCGGCCGGCGGCAGGGCCCACAGCAAUGGUGCCAGGGGUGGCCAGGGCGGUGUCACGGCCGCGAUGGAGGCUGAGGUGGCAGCAGUGGCGGCGCGCGUUGUGGAAGCCUGCGGGCAGCUGCAGCUGCUGACGCGCGAUUUCAUGGGCAGCAUGCAGUUUGCCCAGCUGUCCGGGCUGUUCUGGGCGUGGGGCCGGCUGGUCCAGAGCGUCGGGGCGCAGGCGGUGGGCGCGCGGAUGGUCGAGGCGGCCGCGGCGCGCGUGGCCGCGUGCCGGACCGAUGAUGAGGCGCAAGGCCGCAUCCCCUCAGCAGCCCUGCAGCUCGCGCGCCUCUCCUGGGGCGCCGCCACGCUCCGCGCGCUGCACCCGCCGCUCUGGCGCAAGGUCGCCGCGCUCGCGGCCCCGCUGGCCGCCGACGCCGGCGCGCGCGAGGCGGCGGGCCUCAUGUGGGCGCUCGGACGCGCGCGUGCCCUGGAGGGCGCUGCGGCGGAGGCGCUCUCGGCGCGCGCGCUCGCGCUCGCGCCCCUGAUGGGCGCGAAGGACCUGGCGAACGUCGCGUGGGCGCUCGGCGCGGCGCGCGAGCGGCGGCGCGCGCUGCUGCCGGCGCUGGCGGCGGCCGCGGGGCGGCUGCAGGGGGAGCUGGGGCCCGAGGAGCUUGCCGGCGUGAGCUGGGGCUUCGCGCGCCUGUGGGGCGCGCGGCGCCGCGCACAGCAGGACGGGCGCGGUCCGCUGCUGCGGGCGCUGGCGGCGGCGGGCGCGGGGCUCGCGUCGCAGGCGGGUGUGCGGCAGGCGGCGACCGUUGCAUGGGCGCUCGCGACACUGGCGGGGCCGCGUGGGCGGCGACGGCGGCAAGGUGCCGAAGGCGGGGGCGCGGCUGGGGGCGAGGGCCCGGAGGAGGUUGCGUGGGCGGCGAUCGACGUGUUGUUGGCGCGCGUGGAGGAGUCGGGAUUGCAGGGGGCACCGCUGCCCGAGGUUUGCAUGCUCAUCUACACGGCGGCCAGGGCCGGUAGCGGCGGCUGCAGCGAGGCAAGGGCGCGGGGGGCGGCGCGGCCUGAGCUGUUGCUGGAUCAGAUUGCGGCGUGGGUGCUGUCGGCGCAGGAGCCACUGCGGGCAGACGCCGUGGCGAUGCUGCUGUUUGGGUUCCGGAGGGCCCGCUACUUUGAGCUGAGCGCAGGGGGCACCCAUGGCGGCGGCGGCGAGGGCGGGCAACUGAGCGACGCCGUCUCGGCGGCGCUGGUCGGCCGCGCGUCGGCGCUCGCGGCCGCAGGCGCGUUCGCGCCGCUGCAGCUGCCGCGACUUGUGGCGGCGCUGGGCACCCUCGCCUCGCCGGCGCGCUUGCAGCAGCGGCAGGCCGAGUUCCUUUUGGGAGGGGAUGUCGGUCGCAGCGGCGGCGGCACGCCGGACCUUGCGCAGGCGGUCGCGGACGAGGCGCGCGCCACGCUGGAGCGUCUGGCGCUGCCCGCUGCGGCGGUGGCGGGUCGGCUGAAGCUCAGAGCGCUGGCUGACGUGGCCUGCGGCUACGCCGCCGCGGGGCUGCACCCGGAGGAGCUGUUUGAUGCCAUAUCAGAGGGCGCGGACCGCAGCGGCGGUGCGAGCGGCGUGCGCGCUGCGAACUUUGCUGGCUGA